AUGACGGAAGUCGAAUCCCUGUCAUGGGAUCUAAACGAUGCUAUCAAACUGUUGAACAAUCUCUCCUUCCAACGACGCGAUCCCGCGCCCAGCCAUCAGCCGGACCCCCACUUCAAUGAAGCUCUAGCUGAGCAAAACAAUCUCGAAGGCUCCCUGGGGGAUUUUUCUGCCCUGUGGGAUUUUCUGAAGCGCCCGCAUGUUCCUGACGAGGCACAGACUGCCGAGCUAGUGAAGUAUGAGAUCAACGACGAAGCCGUGGCUGAGGUCGAUCUCAACCAGCUGAAUAAGGGCGUGAGGUGGCGAGACGAGGUGGAUGGCGCCGAUCUGGAAGACAACGUUGAGCCGGUCGGUGACAAGAUCACUGCUGCAUACCUACGCAAUCAGAAGCGCGCAGCGAGACGAGCAAAAGCGAAGGAGAAAGCCGCACAGAUUGCGACUCAACAAAAGACCGCCUCUGACACCACCGACCAUGAGUCGGGAGAGGAGCUGGAAUCGCUCCGCCGCUCGCCGGACCGCAGAGCCGUUAUUGACAGGAUUCUCGGUCGAAGCCGGCCUGGCCUCCACGAUAACAGUUCUCCGCCUACGUCCCCGUCACCUCCCAAAGCUGAACUCAGAACUCCGAAACGCGAUUUGCCUGUCUCCAAUCCCUUUAUCUGGAACAGCCCCGCCACCACAACGCCGUCUAAGAACACAACCAUCGCUCCUCGCGGUCAGCCCAAUCCGAGAGAAAGAAAACACGCGUUGAUCACUGAGUUGAUCCGCCAAUACUCGGCAGAGAAAAAAUAUCUGAAGAACGCCGGUUUACUGGAACCUGCUUUUACACCCUUGAACGUCUCCAGUAUCGGGAUACACGUCUUUGUUGACAUGUCCAACAUAUCCAUCGGUUUCCACGACUGUCUGAAAAUAGCACGCGGAAUGUCCCGCGAGACCCGUCUCAAACGCGUCCCACUCUCUUUUCACAACUUUUCCCUCGUGCUCGAACGAGGCCGACCGGCCGCCAAACGCGUCCUGGUUGGAUCCGACAAGUAUGCGGCAAUUCAAAAAGCCAAAUCGAUCGGCUAUGAGACGAACAUUCUUGAGCGCGUGCACAAGGCCAAGGAGCUGACGCCGCGUCAAAAGAAGUACCAGUCCCGAUCUGGAGGGGAAACCAGUGGAUCUGAAACGAACACUGGCCUUCCUUCCAUGACAUUCGGGGCAGAGAAAUGGGUCGAGCAGGCUGUGGACGAAAUUCUACACUUGAAGAUCCUCGAGUCAUUGAUCGACGCGAAGAAACCUAGCACCAUCGUCCUCGCCACCGGCGACGCUGCCGAGGCCGAGUACUCUGGCGGAUUUCUGCGCAUGGUCGAAAGAGCUUUGGAAAAGGGCUGGUGCGUCGAGUUGGUGAGCUUCAAACUGAACACCAGCAGUCUGUAUAAGAGAAGGGACUUCCGUUCGAGAUGGGGCCAGAUGUUCAAGUGGAUUGAGCUUGAUCCUUUUGUGGAGUAUUUGAUCGACGAGGAAGAAGAUGGUGGCUAG